AUGUUUGAAGCGGGAGCCCGUCAUGUGGCCCGGGCCUGGGUGGGCGGGUCGGGGAAGCGAGCGGGAGAGGGGAGAGAGUUGAUAAGCGACACGUGCCGUCGGGUCGCGGGCCCGACCGGCCGGUUGUCGCUUACCCUUCUGACUUCACCAGCACCACCGGCGUUGUCCUUGCGCGGGUCAGCGCCAAUGCCCAUGAAGACCGCUGCUGUUGGCAAUGGGCGCGCGCUGAUGCCUUCCGAUGGCCCGGGCCUGGUUACACGUCUUAGCGCCCGUCGUCCACCGCCUCUCUCCCACCCACAUCAUGCUCUCCCCCCGGACCUCCAGCCCUUCACUGUCCCCAAGACUCUACCAUUAUGUCGCGCGCGCCCUGGCCGUGUCCUAUAUCCUAUGCACCGUCUCGACGCAGCUGCCCGCACUUGUCGCAUUUGCCCGCCAUGGCAAAGACGGCGCCGUCGACGACACAUAUGUGAACACACAUCUCGCCGUGCCCCUGGUAUUCACGAUUCUCACCCCCAUAUACGCACUAUGCCUCGUCUACGAAACAACCCUGUGGAUUCGCCCCGCCGAGCGCCCCGACCCGCUGCAGUUCGGCACCAUCAACGUCCACCUGUACCUCUGGCUCUGCUGCGGCGUCGUCCCCGGCCUGUGGCCCCUCCUCCGCGCGCCGUCAGAAUCGGACAUGCAGCAGUGCACCAAGCAGUGGCCGUGGUGUCUUGUCCUGCUGCAGCGCAACCUCGGUCCGGCAGCCAUCUAGAUCGCCUGUGCGUCGGCCAUGGCGCCUAUUUUUCCUACGGAAUCCUACCGCGAACCACUGCUGAGCUGCUCUCAGUGCUAUGCGCGUCGAUAGGCAGCUACCAGCCGGGAACGGAGUAUUAUUUGUUGCCUGCGUGGCGAUAUUACCCGGGGGGAAGGGAAACGGACGGCGACGCGGUGGACAAGACUGACGUCUUUCGAAAGAAGGUCGAUUCAUAG